CCCAACUACUACCCCCCGGCGCCCAGUCCUCACCACGACGCCGUCUACCCGCCGUCCAUCCACAACGCCGUCCUCUCCCAAUCCCCGUCAACUGCUGCCACUCCUCCGCAUACGCAUGGUUUGGCGAUUGUUCCUCAAGGGCCGUACCCGUACGGCGGUGAUUACCAGCCUUCUCAGGGCGUCCGGAGGGAUGUACUGGAUGAGGUGGAGGUCCGGCAGAUGCUAAUCGAACAUGUUGGGCAUCGAUGUUGUUGGGGCAGCCGGCCUGCUCGGACAUGGAAAAUUACAUCCAUCAAGGACUGCUGUGACGUAUACGUUGGUACCUUGGAAACCUUCAUCGAGCAAAGAGACACCAUAUUUGAAAGGGAACCCUAUCAUGGUGGGGAAGUAGAUGGAAGAGACAAGGGUCCUGUCCUUGGUGUGUGGGAACUAGAUUUGAGGUCCGAGUUUCCUCCACUCUUUGUACCGGAGAAAGAAGUAAGGUUCAAGAUUCCUCAUUCAGAAUUCACUGAGAAGUGCUCAGAUUGCGAGGGUCGUGGGAAGGUACCAUGUCCUACUUGCAAUCCUGGUCGGCAGUACGGGUUUUACAUGGCAAAUCAAAUGACUCAGUGCAGUGUAUGUGAUGGCAGGGGUUCACUCGCUCAGCAAGAUGAAUCUGAUAAAGUAUGUUGGAUGUGCAAUGGUCAAGGAGUGUUGCCCUGCACAGAAUGUGGAUCCCGUGGCCUAGUAACAUGCCGGACAUGUAAUGGCUGCGGUUCCCUUCUUACACAAAGCAUUGCUCGCGUUCGAUGGGAGACGCUUACAGCGAGAAAAGUUAGUGCAACAGCAGAAACUGCUUCGGUCCCUGAUGAAGUUUUCCACAGAGCGCAAGGGGUGCAACUAUGCAACAUACAGGCAUACCAAUGCACUCCUGCUUUCUUUGCCGAUUCAUACCCACUCAACCAGUUGUCCUCGGAGGUUGUUGCUAGCCGGCUGCCAGUUCCACCAUCCGCAAUAGUCAUUUCGGAGAGACACAUCAUCUCGGUCGUGCCUGUAACCCGUGUCACAAUGUCGCACCGUAAGCGAUCUUUUAUCUUCUACGUCGUUGGCUACGGCAGGGAUGUUUUCGUGCGGAACUACCCUUCGAGGUUUUGCUGGGGCCUCUGUCGUUGCUUCGAAUGGUUGGGGAAUUAGUUGCAUUUUAUGCCAUGUGUGUGCCGCCUUCUUUUGGUGUCCAAUGUUCACAGUAUCAAAACUUGUGUGUACUGUACAACUGUAGAGAGGCAGUGUGGUUUCUGGUGUGUUACAGUAAAGAUGUGGUACGUUGUCUGUUGUUACAGUACAGAUACUGUAUGCACAUUUCGGACUUAUGGGUCAUGUCCAGCGCGGCUGUACUGAUUGUUCAGUGUGUAGAAAAUGAUUCACAUAUGGUUAUCAAAGAUAAUAAUGAGAUGUGCUCUCUUUUAGGGGGAGAGGGGUUCAUUACUGAAUCAA